CUGUAAACACAUGGACCGAUAUUUGGUACUGAACUGACAUAAAAAUCUACGUUUUUGGUGAUGUCAUCACACAAACCAAUGAUGCAUGACCGCAACGGCCAUUAUCAUGAUCCCUUGUGGACAAUAUGAGUGCAAGAACCCGGAGAAAGUAUUGGCAAAAUCGUAGCAUUGAUGAUAACCUACUCAAACAAGUCGCCCAUUCGCCAAAACCAUCAACAUCUGACGAUGUCUCGCCCUCAUCGAAAGUAGGAUAUGGGGCCAUAUGUGUACAUCAAAAGGUUGAGAUAGGCCAUACCCAUAGCUCUGAUCAUAUUAGUACGUUUGUGGAUGAAGACCCGGAAGGAUUGUACAAUCUCUCUGAUGUCAAAAUAGGUCUGAAUCCUAAUGCUUUGUCAGACCAACAGGAAUUAAAUCAAGAUAUCAGUGAAAACAAACACUAUUCUGAUUUGACAAAUCUUGUAACAGAUUACCACGUGGAUAACCCAGCAAUGGAGUCUGGCAAGAAAUCAAGUACCCCUUCCUCUGACAGCAAACUUGUCAAAAAGAAACAAAGGAACCAAUCUGGAACCUUUCAAUGCGAUAUUUGUGAUCGGACUUACAAAUAUUAUUUUGAUAUGCGUAGACAUGUGAGAGAUAAUCAUGUUAAGACAUUAAAACAAUGUAAAGGGAACAAGGCAUUGACUGAAAAGGUCAAAGCUUAUGUGAAAAAAAACAUUCCAUACAAAUGUAAAGUUUGUGGCUCCUUAUACAGUACACCAAAAGGUUUGUCUCUUCAUAUGAAAGUUAUUCAUUCAGCCAAAUUACCAGCAAAAUCAAAAUCCAUCAAAGAUAAAACUGCGCGUAGCAAAGAUUUGAUUUCUCUGCUAAAGAAUGCAAAGUCAAAGACAUCAGUUAAGUCUCAAUCUCCAAAAGGAAACAAGAAGGACACACCAGACAAGGAAAGUCCAUCACCAAGAAAAAAAACUGUUCAACCAAAAGUUCCCUCAAAUGGAACACUAGUACAUCCAAAAUCAAGUGUGUCAUCUCCCUCCAUAGCAAAAUCUCCACCCAUAAAAAACAGUACAAAACUUUCUGGGAAUAGGAGUCACCCAAUUGAGGUUGUAUUUCAAAAGAAGGAAAAGAAAUUGAGAUGUAAACUAUGUCAGAAAAUUUAUGGUACACGUACGGGGAUCUUGUACCAUCUAAAGAUCACUCAUCUUUACUGCUCUGCCUGUUACAAGCAGUUUUGUUAUCAGAAGGUCUACGACAAGCAUAUGGAGUUCAAGCACAAUCAGCAUCAAGUCGUAGUUGAUGACCAUUAUUUCUCUAAUUUGUCUAAAGCAAACGAGACCACAAUUUCUCCUGAACCCAAGAAUGCAAAUAGAGAACCUUGUUUUGUGGAUAAAGAUUCAGAAGGUUUGAAAGCACAGGAAUGUACAACGAAAAAGUUGCCUGCCAAACAGAAUUACACUUCUGAACUUGCUGUACCAUCUGUAACUUCAUCUCUUAACACUAGUAACGCUGUUAAAAUCCCAGAAGGAACAGUCCUCAGUCCUUUAAAAAUCAAAUUAAACCGACUGCCAUCAGACCCUACUGCUCUCAAAGAUCUUAGUAUGAGAUAUGAGGUGGUUCCCAUCAAUAAAAGCGUUAAAAAGGACAACAAAAGUUUGGAUGAGAAUAGUGUAAAAAAUGCAGUGUUCUCCAGCCCACAAGACAAGCUUGUUUCCACUCAAAACAUCAGUGAAAGUGACAGUUCUUUUGAAAAACCUGUGACUCGGCCGAAAAUGGGACCCAAAUCCAAAACACAAAAAUCAACGAUUAUCAGAAAUGAAUCAAACGUCCUUGAAUUACAUGCACAACCAGUAACAGUCUCCAAUAAAGGAAAAGUUGUGAAAUUUAUAGACGAAACAGAUGAGUGUAACAGUGAAAUAUCUGUUGUAAUGGAUCAGGAAAGCCAUUCGGAUAAUCAAAACUUUAGGAAGACUCGGAGCAGGCCAUUUGGAGUUAGGAAGGGAGAGAAGACAAAUAUUUCAGCAAGUGAAGCAAAAUUGAAGGAUAGUUCCCAAGCAGCAGUUAAUGAUCAUCAAAUUGAUACCAUGGAGACAGAUGAUUUUAAUACAGAACAUUCUUCUUGCAUGGAGGAUGCUAAGGACAUUGCAAUGAAGCAGUUGAACACUUCCACAAAGCAAUCUACUCUCCAAAGUUCGACAUCUGCUGAGCGUGUAACAAGAAGCUCUUCACAACCAGCUGCAAGAGGAAAUACCCUAUCAGUAAAGAGGAGUCAUUCAAUGCCAGGUAACUCUUCACUGUCAUCAACAGAAGAUCUUCCUUAUGAUUGCCCUAGGAAUUCUACAGCUAUGAGGUCUUCUCGGCCGACAAACCAGAAAGAUUCAUCUAAAUGUCAGAAGCCAAUGCAUGAAUCCAGGACAUUGACAAAGUCAUUGGAACAUUUGACAAGUUCAUCUUUGACUACUCAUUCAGCCAGGAAUCCCUCCCUGCUUAGGAGAGAUACAAAUUCAGAAUCUUCACAAUUAACUCAUUCAACCAGGAACCUUUCAUUACGGACUAGGAAAGCUACAACUUCUGAAUCUUCUCAGUCAACUCAUUCAACCAGGAACCUUUCUCCCUCGCCUCGAACUGAAACUGAUGCAACUAUGGAAUCUUCACUGUUGACAAGUUCUUCCAGGAACCUUUCAUUACGGACUAGGAAAGUUACAACUUCUGAAUCUUCUGCAGAGUUUACUCAUUCAACUAGAAGACCUCUACCAUCACCAGUUACAGAUACAACUACAGAAUCUUUUCAGUUAACAAGUUCAACAAGGAAUCCUUCAUUACAAACUAGAAAAGCUUCAUCUUUUGAAUCUUCCACAAAGCUUACCAAUUCAAUCAGGAAUUCUUCUCUUUCGCCAUCAACUAGGAAAGACACUGAAUCAUCACAGUUGACUAGUUCAUCCAGAAAUGUGUCACUAUCAUCAAGGAAAAAAACAACCUCAGAAUCUUCCAUAUCAUUUACUCAUUCAAGUAAGGAUUCUUCUCCUUUGCUGCCAACAACGACAGAUCCUGAACCUUCUUCAGUGUCAUCUAGGAAAUCAGUACAUUCAUCUGAAAUUGUAGCCAGUUCUUCACAGUUAACUGGGAAAAAUAACACACUUGACUCACCUUCAGAGUCCACCAGAAAUAAUUUGGAGUCUGGUGACACCAAUCAUAGUCAAACAAAACCUUCUAAAGAAAAGAAGUCUUGCGAAGAAACAGAUACUAGGAGAUUGGAAGAUUCUAUAGAGCAUUCAACAUUGCAUUCAAGAAGUAAGAUCACAUCAGUGUACAAUCAUGACAUUCGAGAACUCAUGUUCGGGAAAUCCUGCAGUGCAUCAGAUCUUCAUGUAGACGAUAAAAAAUCACCAGAACAUCAUGAGGAUUUUGGGUGGAAAAUAGUGACUGAAGAAAGAUCUUACGACCUAAACAAAUUAACUUUGAAAAUAACAAGGAAUGUGAAAACGGGUAUGAGAAGUGUGAAAACACAACAAAGGUUCUUAUGUAAUUUAUCAGGACUGAAACUGAAAAUUGUUCGAGAUUUUUCACAGCAGAAAAGGACAGUUCUCUCAGAUGAGGAUGGAAAGAACCAAAGAGAAACGGACCAGUCGGACACGUCGGCAUAUUCCACAUCUCAAACCAUAUCAACAGGAUCCCUAGUGGAUGAGCUGUCCUCUGACGUUGAAAAUGAUAUAUCUAGCACCUGUCAUACUCUACAUAGCUCUCGAACUGGCGAUUCUGCAUCUUCGUCUAAAGACAGUGAUGAUUUCACAUCUCCAAGAAAGACAGACAUAAAAUCCAUAGAUCGUGUGCCAUAUGGAGGAUAUUUGUUUGAUGAGGGAAUAUUGAAUUCCCAAAGAACUCCGUCCAGUAACAGAUGUGAUGGGAAAACAUCCUACCUGAUGCCGUCUGAUGACAUAACUGAAUCAUCAGAUAAUGAAGGUCAUGAUGAUCCAAAUUCUCAGGAAAAGAACGUCGGUGUCAACCGUGAAAGAAAAUUACGAGGAAACCUUGAUGUCACAAAUUCAGAAGAAACUACCUUUGUUGAUAUAGAUGAAAAACUGAUGAGGCACACUAAGGGUAAUUCCAAAUCAUCUUUAGAAAGUGUUCAAGCAGCAGUUGCUAAUCUGAUUGGACCCUCAGGUGACCAUGUUCCAAAUAAAACAUCUCCUAAACCUGUUGAAGGACAAGCAUUGGGUAGUGACAACAUUCCGAGAUUGUGUUCAAACACUUCCGACGAUCUUUUGAAACAUGUUAAGGAACGAGGUGUUGCCAAGGUGCUGCUGGAACAAUUACAAGAUUCAAUGACUUUGCAGGAUCCGUUAGUUAAGAAAAGAAAUUGUGUGACAAAAUUGAACAGGCCCGCUCCUGCAUCUGUUAAGAAACAACGUUUGUUAAGCCAGGUGAUGGUGGUUGAUUCAGAUGAAUGUUGCAAAAGUGAGCUGAAGAAUGAAAAUGUUACGGUUACAUGUCAAACGUCUUUGCCUUCGGGUGCUUUUGUCGAUGAGAUUGAUGGAGAAUGCAUCGGAUCCCCUGGCUUGGGGGAAUUUCCACCUGAGAAUUUGACCAAUUUAGAUAGACAGAAAGGACCCAGCAAUGGAAAUGGAACAAGAGUCCUCAAGGCAGACAUGAUCAGCCAAUAUCUUUUGAAGGGUUUCAAUGAAAGUGAUUUAGAUAUCCUACUAAACCAAAGCUUAGAUGAUAGGGAUGAAUCUUCAGAUCAAAAUGUAGAUGUGACUUUGUCAGAUGAUGGUUUAUAUGCAACUGUGCAUUCACAACAGGGGGAUAAAAACAACAAUCAAUUUAAAGGUGAGGUCCUGAAGGAAAUCAUGGGUAUUAUUCAGUUUGCAAACCCAGGUCUAUUCCAGAUGGAGAGGGAAUUAGAAAAAAGUAAAGCUGGUCUUGAUAACAAUGAUUGUCACAGGAAGCUACGGAACAUGAAUACACUAGAGAAAAAGUAUAAAGUGAAGUCUGCUCACAGAAAAUUGAAGGAAGAUUCAGCAGUCACUGAGCAAGAAUCAAAAGAUUCGUAUGUCAAGAAUAUUGAUGCACUUGAGCUGUCAGAAAAGUUACCAGAAGCAAACAUAGAAGAGAUGAUAUUGUCAUCUGCUGAUGAAUGCGAGAAAGGAACUGAAAUUGGUUUGAUAAACAAAAGUAUCGCUAAAACAGGCACUAAUUAUGCUGGCCCGAAAGAUUGGAUACCCCAAAAUGAGGAAAGCAGCAACAUUUCUGAAAAGGAAAAAAAGGAGAUUCCUGCCCCUGUUAAUGUAAACCUUACUGAGGACCGACCAGAAACAGUGCAACAGUCUCUGGAGAACAAGCCAAGCAAGACAAAUGCUACAGCAGACGUAUUACCACACCUACCUAAAUGCAGUGUGUGUGGAGACAGUUUUCCAUCAGUAAAGAGUUUGGAAAGUCACCAAGUUAAAUGUCACCCAGAAAAAUUAAGAAAAUUGCAGAAAUUUGCAUGCAAAUUUUGUGGAAUGAUAUAUGCACAAAAACAAAAUGUGAAGAGACAUGUCAAAAGUAGACACUCAGAAAUUCUUGCCAAUUCACUGGAGGCUUUCAAUGAUGUAUGUGAAGUGAUAGAUAUUGUUUGUGAUCAAUCUACAAACCAUCAUAAUUCAGACGAUAUUUAUGAUGUAAAUAUCCAGUAUCAUUGCUUAAUUUGUAAUAUGAUCUACAAGAAAAGGAGCAGUGUUUUAUGUCACAUCAAGUCCAGUCAUAAGAAAAGAGAUUUAUUAUAUAAACAUGUCAGCCAGUGCUAUGUUUCCAGCAAAACACACCCAGAUAGUUUAAUGGAAAGCUCUGAAAACUCGAAAAUUCAGUGUCUUGAUACCAACUGUAACAUGGAUGAGUCUGAGGCAGCAGUACAUAAUCUGUUAGAGAGCUUUGGAGAGGAUGUUUCUACAAAUAGAACUAGGGCCCAGGAUCCAGAUGUCCUGUACAUGGAAACACCAAAACCUAUGACACCUGACUCAGAGGUCAUGCGGUCAUCUGAGAUGGUAUCAAAAAGCACAGGGUUUAAUUGUCAGGAAUACAAUGGGAAGAAUUUUUCUGAGGAAGUAGGACAGGUUGAUCAUGGGAGUGGAGAUGUCUGUCUCCAAGGAGAUCUGCAAGAUCAUGUGACACAUGGAGAUCAGCAAGAUCAUGUGACCCACGAAAAUCUACAAGAUCAUGUGACACAUGGAGAUCAGCAAGAUCAUGGACAAUCAGAGAACAUAUCGCAGGAGGUACAGGGGGAUCAGAGGGGAAACACACUGAAACAUCGAAGAGAUGCUUGUGAAUGUCAUGUGAAUUUAGAACAGGAACAGCAGGGAAAUGAACACCAGAAAGUUACAGGUGUUUUAGCUUUAGUGGAGACAGGUCAGAAUAGCAACAUUGUAUGUCCUCCGUCUGAAACCACAUCUCCUGAAACAUCUGCACCAUGUUCAGAGGUUGAAGGAGAAUCCAGACAUGUAGAAGAAGAUGAACAUGAGCAGAAUUUUCCUAAUGCACCACAUGGUCCUAUGCAGUACAUGUGUAAAAGUGAUGACAAGAUUUGCGAGGAGGUUGCUCAUCAGACCGGAUUAACUAUACAUCAAAACAGUGUGGUCAGGAUUUUCCGUCUGCCUUCUCAUUGGUUGACAGCAGAUUCCAUUUUGAAGCCUGAAGGUUCUGUGGGAAAUGUUUUUUUGAAAAGAAAAACCGUCAGUGGGGACACAGAAUCGAACCAUGUGACCAGUCCCCCGAAUGAGGCUGCUCAACCUGUAAGUUGUAAGGAAGACCAUAAACAGGAAAGCAUACUAUGUGUUAAACCUAUCGGAGAGACCCAAUAUGCUGCACUAUUGUCUGCUCGAUCUAAAGGUGAUUCCAAACAAAGAUUCAUUUGUGACUUGUGUGGAUUUUCAUACACAUCCAAAGCAAACUUAAAGAGACACUUUAUCACGAAGCAUUCGGAUCAAGUUACAAGUUCAGAUGAAGCUUUAAACGUAAGAUUGGAAAAAAGUAAUUCUGAUGCUACAGAUAAAGAAAUCUCAAGUUUUACACAUAUCCAAACCAUCGGAGAAACAACAAGUGUAAAUCCAACUGAAAAAUCAGGAAAAAUGGCUAUCAUCUCCUCUGCUGAUUCUGAAGGUCAGAUCGAGUUGAGAAAAUCAACAAUGGAAUUAACAGAUGGUUCUGGAAACAAAGACACAAGUGAAAAACAGGAUGGUCAAUUAGUCAUAGAAUCAAACAACCAGUUGGAGGUUCUGAAAGAAAAUUUAGAUAACCAGUUGGACAUUCAACAAGACGACCAAGACAUUCAUACAGACUUGGUAGACAAAAUGGCGACACAACCAGUUCUUAAUUCAACAAUACCAAACACAAAUCAAGUUCCUGAAGCAUCAGAUCAACAACCAGGCAAAGAAAAAAAACUAAAAGGAUCUAAACAUAAAAAAGAUAAAUCAAGAAGGAAACUGAUGAAAGUGAAGGUACCAUUAAUCGGUUCGCCAGCUAGCCAUACCAUCACAGAAUUUGAAAUGGCAAUAAGCACUCCAGCGCAAUCACAACGCAAAUUAAAGAAAAGGAAACUGGAUCGACAGACUUCUGCUGAAGAAGGGCCAUCAUCCAAAAGGCCAAGUUCUACCGAUUCAAAGACUGGGUUUGAUAAAACUCUUCAAGGUGUUACAGUGGAGAAAACCUCUUGUGAAGCACAAGAAUGUUUCCAAACCCCAGAAGAAGAUGUGUUUUCUGGUGAUACGGAGAUGGUUGAUGGCCUUUUGAAUGUGUGUGAAAUAGACACUGAAAUCCAAAGUGGCUCAGAAACAUCCCCUAGAAAAUCCGAGAGCCCUAGGAAACCAAAAAAAAGUAUUGAUAAGAUAGUCCAGGGUAUCAUUCAACGACACAAGGAUAUGGAAAAUAAGAAAAGUCAAGAAAAAUUGGAUCCACCUGAAGUGGAUUUCCCUGCACCGUUUGAGGAGAUUCUUGCUCGGUGCAAAGGCAAAGCUGUAAAAUCUGCUGAGGUGAGCGAGUCUACAGGAUCUUUAAAUGAUGAAAAUUCAAAUUCGUCAUUUGGGUCUCAAAAUAAUGCCAAGUUAUCAGUUAAACCCAUUGAUAUAUUUUCUUCCCUGAGAACAGGUCCAUCUGUUAAGUUUGGAAAAAGUUUCCGAAAGAUACCAACUCAAACAGCUUCAACUGAUGAAGAAAGACAAUUCAAAUCACCUCUAGACAGAGUCGGAGCUGAGGUACCGAUGAAAUUUGGAGCAACGCAGGAAAGAAAGAAGGUUGGUGAGGCCACUGCUAAACCAAUAAAACAGAGCAACAAAAAUUACUUGAUUGAUAUAUUGAAGGACAUUCCCUCUAUAUAUGACUGCAGUAAAGAAGAAGGACGCUAUGUUUCGCCAUGGGACAACCCAUCAGUGAGUGAACCUGAGAAAUCUGUCAUUGGUGUGACAAAACCACCUGUCUUUUCCAAAACUGUACACUUUGUCUCUGAUGUAAAUAAUAGAGCACCAAACAACAGCGUGCACAAAGUAAAUAACGAAACGUCAAACAAGUUGGUAAGAAGUAAUGUCUCGGAUAUUUCCAAUGAAGAUAUGAGAAUUGAGGUUUCUGAUGAGAAUGUUAGAAUGAAAAUAGAUAAUAACUGUCAAAAAAUAGUGGAUACUGAUGAAGAGGAUUCAUUGGAAAAAGGAUUGGAGUUUGUUUCUGAGGAAAUUGUGGAGGAAAAUAAUGAUGGUGUUACUAUGACAACAAAGGAAAAUGCAGAGGAAAAGCAGUAUUUCUCAUCAUUGCCAGAUGAAGAUGAUAAUAAGUUGACUAUUGUAGAUGGUGAGAAAGAUGAAAAUUUGUAUGAGGAUGAAAAUGAUGAGGAUACAGAUGAUGGCCUUAGAAAGAACGACCGAUUGGAUGAUGAUGAACCUGAAGAUGAUCAGCAGAGUGAUGAAGAUGAAGAAGACGAGGAAAAUAAGGAUUCUGACAAUCAUAGAAACAGUGACAGAGAGGAUGAUUAUCCUAAUGAUGAGGAAGAAACUAAAGAUUCUGACAGUGAAAUGGAAGUGGAGGAAUUCGAUUUCUUAUCUCCUUCGGAACCUCCCUUAAAACGUCAUGAGAAAAAUGUGAGUGAUGAAGAAAGGGACAUCCUGUCUAUAGACUACGACUCUGAUGAAGCAAGUUUCCUUGACGAUGCCGGGUCCAUUGCCAGUCGGAAAUCAGUUUCCAAGAGAAGGUCUCUAGCUGCAGUUGAGUCUGAAUUGGAAGCUAUUGAAGUUUCAUCUGUGGCAGUGUCAGCUAUGGACCUUGCCAGUGAAUCAUCACUCGUCCAGUCCAAAAUACAGUGCAACCCACCUCCUGUGUUGACCCCAGCUGUGAUUUCAAAAGCAGUUACAAUAUUUCUGACUGGUGGAGGUUACUGUUAUAGCUUCCUACGCUAUGGCUACUGUAGACGUAGGGAUACAUGCAGAUAUCAACAUACCAUACCACCUUUAGAUUGGUUCUUCAGGCGAGGCCAAGCUACAAUAUUAGAUUCUCGAGAGAAGCCUGACAUAAAAAGGGCAUUUGAAGUUUACCACCUUUUGAAGACACUGAACGUGAGGCCUAUCACUCGUGAUAUCAUUGAGGUCCUACUGAACCUUGCUGUUAAUGCCUGGGACACUGAUGCAGCCUUCCAGCUGUUUGGGGAUAUGAAAGCUACUGACCUUAUCAAUGACAUGACUUCAGUGAUGUUGGUGCGUUUGUGUAGCAGCUCCCCUCAGAACUAUACUGACCAACUUUGGGCUCUGUUCCAAGUAGUUCUGGAGAAAAAUCUCAAGCUUGGUGGGGAUUGCAUAGAUACAAUUGUACAAGGAUUUUCCAUGAGGCGAGACUACAGCAAACUCCUGGAAGUUUUGUACUAUUCUAACAAUAUUCCUGAAUAUGUGGUACCCGUGCAUGUAUUACAUAUGCUCUUGAUCACCUGCCUUAAGUUUCCUGAGGAGUACCUACCAGCCACCACUAAGUGGGCCGAGACCUGUAACCAAAACUUGCUGCGUCAACUUGAACCCAGAAUAUUGGUGGACCUUUAUGAUACAUGUGUGAAACACAACAACAGAGUCCUCUGCUCCCUGUUAGAGAGACUUACCUCCACCAUGCUACCAGUAAACCAGGGAGAACCCCCAGAAAUCACAGAUAUACUAGACGAACAGGAUUGGAAUGGGGACAGUGUUGGCGAGAAUGUGAUGACAAGUUCUGAUGAAUACAAAGGACGCCAACACAGAAUAAGGGGAUGCAAAUUGACAAAGAAUUGGGAACAUCUUGGGUCCAUCUUUGUGGAGCUGUGUUGUGACCUGGAGCUAAGCAAUCCAAACUAUAUCCAGGAAUACGUCUACGUGCUGACAGAUUCCAUGAAACCAGAGACCAUGGCUGAAAACUUCAAGCUAUUCCUACAGGCCAUUCAUAAAGAGAUGGAGACAAAGAUGGCAGACAAUAUGGAUGUACUGGAUGAGCCGUCACUGGCACGUAUUGGUGCAGGACUUCUGCAGUGGUGUUACAAGGAGGGACAAUGGGAGCAGGGCUAUCACCUGCUGUUUGUGAUGCAUCAGACCCGAGUCUACUAUUACAAGUGUACUGGCAAAGGAACCAUUGGUACAGCCCUCAUUGCCAUGGAGAUUUGUCUCAACACUAACAACCCAGACAGUGCUCUUCAAAUUCUAGAACGUUCUAAAGGACAGAUUUUGACGAGUGAAAAUCCAGCUAAUGUCACAAGAAUUUUGAAUAACCUGUUUGACAAGUUGUUGGAAAAAUCGUAUACAAAGAUGGCUUUCACUGUUCUUGUUAUAUUUCUAGAAAAACGAGAACAAGAUCAGGCUCCAACAGAUUUAUCUCUCUAUUUUAACUGCCUUGUCCAGAAAUCACUGUUGAUGAGUGACAUUCACACUGCUUUAGGAGUGUUCAAAAUACAAAAGGAGACAGACAAUGGUAAACUGAAUGUGCUUUGCCUGCGUGGACUUCUCACAGCUUGCGGUAAACACAUGUUCGACAAUAAAUAUAUUGAGGAAGUUUACAAGUCUUGUAUUGUACGUAAGCUGUACCCACCUCAUAGAUUUGACAUGCCCAGAUCUAUUCUGCUAUCAAGCAUGAUGACACCAGUGGAAAUGUACCUGUAUAUCAGUGACUACCUGAACAUUCUGUACAACAGUGUGUGUGACUCUGUAAUGGAAGGUGUACACCUAACAAUGGACCAUUUCUGUCUGUCUAUACAUGUUUGGUGGGAGGAAGAUCGGCUUCAGCAGCUGGACUUUCCUUACCUGUCCCUGGCGCUGCACACUCAGCAACAGGUGUGGCAGAUGGCCCUGUAUGUUCUACACAAAGAUAUCAAUCCACCUCUGAAGGCUGAUUACAACUCGGUCAGUAACUGUAUCUUCAUCAAUCCUGAAUCCUUGUAUAACUAUCUCCAGGUCAAAGAUGGCUAUGGUAGAAAGCAGGGCCUACAUAUACAGACAGGCACGUUGGGGCCUGUCAAGAUUAGAGGUCAGGCGUGGGCACGUCCAAAUAACUUCUCCAAUCAGAGGCGGGGCCGACCAUACAGGUGAUAGCUAGCCUAUCUAGCAAGAUCACAGCCGGUAAUUGGACAGAGAAAAGCUCAGCCAGAGGACAUGGACAUGGUUUACUGACAAUGUCUAGUCAGAGAACACGGUCGGCUAUCAGAGGACAUGGUUGACUGACAACCUUCAGUCACAGGACAUGGUUGACUGACUUAUCUCCAGUUCUAGGACACUUCAGCAGUCAUAUGUAAUGCAUUAAGUUUCCGGUUUUUGGGUGGGACCCACUGUUUACUAGAAGAUCAAUGCCAGCCGGUGCUGAUGACUAAUAAGGAAUUCUGAAACAUAGAACUGUAUGAUUUAUAUUUCCUCCGAUGAUGAGUGAUUAAGGAUACAUGUGAUAUAACCUAGUCAGUAAUGGAGGAACAGCAGUUUUAGGAAUCACUAGGAUGGUGGUCACUGCUGUGAACAGGAUAUUCCAGUGAUGGACCUUUUGUGACUUUACCAUUUUUUUUAUGUAGUUGAUAACCCAUUAGAAUAUCUAGUACAUUUAACAUGUGUAACUCUUUAUCAAUGUUCAUUUUAAGGUACCUUUUCAUUAGUUCAUAUAUUUUGAUAAUGAACCAAGAAAAUGAAAAUGUUUUAGUUCAUCUGUAGCCUACAUUGAAUAAACGUGAAAAAAUUGGAACAAUAGCACUUCCUUUUUCUAUAGGAUAAAUUUUAAACAAACUUUAUCUUGAGCAUCCUUGAUUGAAUGGGAUAAAGUAAUGUUUAGGUGAUGCUAAAAGACUAGGUGAGCUUUUCAGGCCAUGCAAGGUAAUAAAUUUGUUGAUACAUAGUAUCAUUACACAAGUACAGGUAUCAUUACACAAGUACAGGUAUCAUUACACAAGUACAGGUAUCGUUACACAAGUACAGGUAUCGUUACACAAGUACAGGUAUCGUUACACAAGUACAGGUAUCAUUACACAAGUACAGGUAUCUACACAAGUACAGAUAUCAUUACACAAGUACAGGUAUCGUUACACAAGUACAGGUAUCGUUUCACAAGUACAGGUAUCGUUAUACAAGUACAGGUAUCUACACAAGUACAGGUAUCUACACAAGUACAGUUAUCGUUAUACAAGUACAGAUAUCAUUACACAUGUACAGGUAUCUACACAAGUACAGGUAUCUACACAAGUACAGGUAUCGUUAUACAAGUACAGGUAUCUACACAAGUACAGGUAUCUACACAAGUACAGGUAUCCACAAGUACAGGUAUCUACACAAGUACAGGUAUCGUUAUACAAGUACAGGUAUCAUUACACAAGUACAGGUAUCGUUACACAAGUACAGGUAUCGUUACACAAGUACAGGUAUCGUUACACAAGUACAGGUAUCAUUACACAGGUACAGGUAUCUACACAAGUACAGGUAUCAUUACACAAGUACAGGUAUCGUUACACAUGUACAGGUAUCGUUAUACAAGUACAGGUAUAGUUAUACAAGUACAGGUAUCUACACAAGUACAGGUAUCUACACAAGUACAGUUAUCGUUAUACAAGUACAGAUAUCAUUACACAUGUACAGGUAUCUACACAAGUACAGGUAUCUACACAAGUACAGGUAUCGUUAUACAAGUACAGGUAUCUACACAAGUACAGGUAUCUACACAAGUACAGGUAUCUACACAAGUACAGGUAUCGUUAUACAAGUACAGGUAUCAUUACACAAGUACAGGUAUCGUUAUACAAGUACAGGUAUCUACACAAGUGUUACACAAGUACAGGUAUCGUUACACAAGUACAGGUAUUGUUAUACAAGUACAGGUAUCGUUACACAAGUACAGGUAUCGUUAUACAAGUACAGGUAUUGUUAUACAAGUACAGGUAUCUACACAAGUACAGGUAUCUACACAAGUACAUGUAUCGUUACACAAGUACAGGUAUCGUUACACAAGUACAGGUAUCGUUAUACAAGUACAGGUAUCUACACAAGUACAGGUAUCGUUAUACAAAUACAGGUAUCUACACAAGUACAGGUAUCAUUAUACAAGUACAGGUAUCGUUAUACAAAUACAGGUAUCUACACAAGUACAGGUAUCAUUAUACAAGUACAGGUAUCGUUAUACAAGUACAGGUAUCUACACAAGUACAGGUAUCGUUAUACAAGUACAGGUAUAGUUACACAAGUACAGGUAUCGUUAUACAAGUACAGGUAUCAUUACACAAGUACAGGUAUCGUUAUACAAGUACAGGUAUCUACACAAGUACAUGUAUCGUUAUACAAGUACAAGUAUAGUUACACAAGUACAGGUAUCGUUAUACAAGUACAGAUAUCAUUACACAAGUGCAGGUAUCUACACAAGUACAGGUAUCGUUAUACAAGUACAGGUAUCUUUACACAAGUACAGGUAUCAUUACACAAGUACAGGUAUCGUUACAAAAGUACAGGUAUCGUUAUACAAGUACAGGUAUCGUUGUACAAUACAGGUAUCUACACAAGUACAGGUAUCAUUACACAUGUACAGGUAUCGUUACACAAGUACAGGUAUCAUUACACAUGUACAGGUAUCGUUAUACAAGUACAGGUAUCAUUACACAUGUACAGGUAUCGUUACACAAGUACAGGUAUCUACACAAGUACAGGUAUCAUUAUACAAGUACAAGUAUCGUUAUGCAAGUACAGGUAUCUACACAAGUACAGGUAUCGUUAUACAAGUACAGGUAUCUACACAAGUACAGGUAUCAUUGCAGAAAUAAAAGUUGAAAGUACUGACAGAAUAUAUUAAUACAUAAAAAUGGUAAUUACAGGUUUGUGUGGGAAUAAUUGUGUAUUAAAAUUUGCAAUGGAAUAUAUUACUUCAAACAUGUUUUACAGGUUUGUAUAAGAAUUUUGUAUCAAAAGCAGUGACAGAAUAUACUACAAAUAUUUAAUACAAGUUUGUAUGGGAAUUAUUAUGGUGCUUGACCUCUUCUGUAUCAUCCUGGUGAUAGUUACAAAACCACACUGAAUGAUACUGUUAAGUUUUUUUAUAUAAUCGUGAUAAUAAAAAGAAAUAUGCAUUUAAAUUCAAAACACUUUCAUUGCUUGUGUUUAGAACAGGUUUGAUUUGUAGACAAAAAUGACUAGUAUUGUAUUUCCGAUACAUUUUUGCCAUUUAAUUAUGAUGAGUGUGUUAGCCUGGAAUCUAUGUUCACUUGUCCAUUAUUGUCAUGUUUUUGUAUGCGUAGUUAUAUGUAGGUGAAUAUUUCCCUAUUUUAGAGAAUGUCCAGCUCUCUUGAGUUAGGAAAAAUAUAGUGAUGCUUAAUUCAGCACAAAAUUUCAGAAUAUUUUUUUAAUGCCAAAUUGCAGAAGAAACGUUAAAGUAAGAUGAAAUAUAAAGUAAAGUAUAAAAUUGGAUAUAUUUUCUCAAAUUUCAGGAAAAAUGUAAAAAAUAUAUACAUUGUAUAUAUAUGUUUUUUUUUAAUUGAUUGAAUUUUGCUGCCAAAUAUAUAUAUGUGAAAGAACAAGUAUGUAUCGAAUGUUAUAAGCUCACAUGGCUAAGUGAGCUUUCGCCAUGGCCUCUUGUCUGUCCGUUGUAGAUAUGCCAUUUGUCAACAUUUCCUUUAAAUCACUUCUUGUCACAUAGUACCAAAUUAAUUUUAAUAUAUCAAAUUUGGUCAGAAACAUCCUUAAGGGAAGAGGGAGCAGAUUUUGCAUAACUGGGGACGGGGAUGGGGCCCAAUAGGGGAAAUAGAGGUAAGUCCUUUAAAUCGUUACUUAUCACAAAGUACAGAAUGAAAUCAGAAGGGGAAUAGAUUUCGCAUAAAUGAUGAGUCUUCAUUGACAUAUACACACACACCCGGGGGUCAGAGGGAAGGGCCCAAUGGGGAAAUAGAACGAAGUCCUUUAAAUCUCUACUGUAGUCACAGGGGGCAAAAAUGUAAAAAUCUCCUUUUCCUUAACCAGGCAGCCCACAUUAAUCAUACAAUUGGCCUGUAGGUAUUCGGGCUAAUUACGUGCUCAAAAUUUUCCUCUACUUCAACAAUUAUAGGCAUUAGAUGUCCAAAAUGAUAACUGACCCGGUGCAUGAUGGAACAGAGAUACAACUUCAUUUAGUAAGGAACAUUUAAAUCAAGGUGACUUGUAUAUAUGGAAAUUACACAACUAUCCAUGCGAGCAAUACAGGUCCUCUGGGCCUCUUGUUUUUUACUUCGUCAAAGCAAAACCAUUUUUCUAUGUUGUGUUAUGCAAACAUAUAUUUAUUUUGUAAAUUUGAAGAGAAAUAUUCAAAUAUUUCAAAUAUACCGUAUUUUACUAGUUGUGAAAAGUUCAGAAGAUGAGCUUCCAUUUCCUCAUUUUAGAUAGAAUAUUUGAAAAUGUAGUUAAUUAAAUGUAGAUAACUUUAUUAAAAUGAUUUGAAUAAUUUAGUUUAAUAACCAUUUGUUUUUUUUAAUGAGACAGAAUAUGUGCAGUAUGGGGUUAUAAUGUUGUAGCCACAGAACUUGUAAACCUUGCAUUUAAUCUGAUAUUUCUUUAAAAUUGUAUUUUUGCUAGCAUUUUAGAAGGAAAGUAACAUAUUUGCUGCUUAUGCCAAUUUUACUUUCCUGUUAAGAUAAUUUUUUUAUGUCCACAUACUAGGGUAUGUUAUUGCAUUUUAUCAGUUUUUUUUUUGUCAUUGAAAAUAUCCAUUUAUGUGUUCAGUAUUAUAAUGAGAUAACACAAUUAAGUUGUAAAUUUAGAAAUCCUUUAUUACAUAUUGAGCAAAUCAAAACUAAAGCAAAAUUUGAAAUGUGCAUCAAAAUCACAUAUGUCACAAAUCUGUUAUGUUUCAUUCAUUUUCCACAGAACCUGAGCUCCUUACGUAGUACGUGUUUAACUGGUAAUUAAAUUUCCAGAUCUGUGGUCUGUUCAAUAUUUUGUACUGGAAUAUUAUGGAAGGACUUCAAAUUCAUUUGUAUGAAAAAUAAAGACCUUCCAGAAAAUGAGUCAUUUGUCAACUUACCUACCUAGUAAGUGAACAGAAGUAGUUUGCAAUUACCGAAAUCAGUGUUGCCUAUGCUCAUUACUCUUUAAGAAGACUUUUGUUCAUUUGUACUUUUUGCUAUGUUCAAAUAGUAUUGUAUUCUUUAAUUAAAAGCAUACAAUUGCA